AUGAGGGACAGAAGAGGGACUCUCCGCACCUGCCCUGCAGAAGUGAAGGGAGAGGGAGAUGAUUUGGACAAACUAUUAUGUAGACUUAAAAGAACUCAGGAAGAUCCUUGUCCACCAGACACACCUUGCUGGAUGAAUAGUCCUGCGGUUGAUGUCAAUGGAAAUUCACCAAAUGAGGAGUUAUCAUUGGAAAUGAAAAAUGGCCUGAGAGAGGUCAGCCUCUUGCUUCACAGUGUCAACAAAGUGCUCCCGUAUUUGAGAGAAUCAAUAAAAUCGGCUUCUGCAGCGGUUCAGAGCAAGACUGCGGAUCUGUUCUCUGCUCCUGCAGAAGAGCGUUUUGCUGGGGUGUCUUGUGGUGGUGGGGAAACUGUGGUGAGGGACUGGCUUGAAGGAGGCCCCAGUGUCACUGACAGCCACAGAGGACAGUGCUGCAAAGGAGAGCCCUGGUGGGGGUCAGGACUACUGUACGCUCAAAUGCAGUCCGAAGUGGGGACUUCUAAGGAUGAACCACCAAGUGCUCUUCCCGAGGGUCUAGGCUCUGAGUUAAAACCAUUUUGCCUGCAUUCUGUCCUGUCUACACCACUGCACUCACUUCCCAAAGUAUUCCUGAAUGAUGAGACAAAACAUGUUUUCCUUAGCCAUUCAAAGCCCAUGUUUCUAGAGCAAACAAUAGGAUAUGAGCAAAUACUCUCAAGUGUAAAAAGUACCUCAAAUGAUCUGCAGAUAACACUGGGGUUACUGGCUCUACAAGCUUUUGAACUAACAGAUCCAUUAUGCCAUAGUUAAGGUACAAGCAGAACAAUGAAAACAGUGAGAUUAAUUUUAAAAGUUUAGGAUGAGUUCUUUCACGCCAGGUCUGGGCACAAACAGUGCAGUCAUGAAGUUCCUGCUUUGAUUUGUGUGACCAGACAAACUUAGGUGGAAUUGAACCUCCUGGAAAGCUGGUUGAUGUGGAAGGAAAUUCCUAAGCAUGUUUUUUAGAUUGUGCUUGAAAGAUAUUCAGGAUUGAGUAAUCAUUUCAAGGAGAAUAUUGAUCCUAUGUAAACAUCAGAUUAGAACAUAAAGAGUUAACAUAACGUUCUUCAUGUACCUUCCACAUUGAUUCUAAAGGGCUACUGUCCCAGAUAGCAUCUGUCUGUCCAGACUGUCUCUGAUCAUCUAACGGAAGUGGAGACUGAUAGGAAUCAGCCCUUCUGCAGUUGUGCUUAAGCCUUGCUGAGUACAUGGUAAACUGUUACUGUUUCUACAUUUUGUAGGAUAAUUUUGGUCUGCAGCAAAAUUUUAUUUUUCUUUCCACUUGAAAUGCAAUUCAAAUGGAGGCCCAAUGGUGAAAGUUGCAAUAUUAAACUUAACUUUAUAGAAUAAUCCUUUUGCAGACUAGGAACCUUUGCAGUGUUACCCGAAAUAAAAAUGAGCUUGAGACUAUUUGCUGUAGUUCAGUGAUAAGCAAAUCAAGUAUUUCCAUUAUAGAAAAUUUCCCAUUUCUAGGAAUUGAGGUAUCUUUUACACUAGGAUUUUUCUGAGGUAACUCCUUUUGUUGUUGAGAACUUUGAUAAAGGUCAUUUAAGAGUAUAAGUUUUAAGGAGUCCCAGAGUGAGGCUUCAAACAACCAUUUUCUGGAUUUAUUGAUUGCAAAUAUCAGUUUAUAUUGUGUGCUAAAUUACUAUGCUAUGUGCUAUUUUAGUGUUUUGGGAAAAUGAAAAAUAAAAUUGCCCUUCGGCAUAAUAAAUGUCUUAUUUUACGUGUGUAGUCUUGGCUCAC